UAAAGUUGUGUGAAUUUUUCAAUAAAUUCUUUUGUCAAAACCACUUGCAAUCUGAUUCAUAGCUGAGCGCCUUGCCGCCGGUUACAUUUUACAACAGUUUCUAUGACAACAACAGGCCAGCCAACGGUCACCACGACAACCACCACUUCCGAAACUAUUUCACCAACAAAUGUUCCAAGUAUACCCUCACAGACAACAACAGAACCCAAGCCAGACAAGAGUAAUCAGUCAACUAGUUCAAAACGACCUGCUGUGAUGACAACAGAAGGCAGCGAAGGCCAGGGCACUAGACCUUUGACUGACAUGUCUCGAUCCAGUUCACCCGCAACUCCUGCUAUCCGUGGUGCACGUAAAGAGGACUCGGCACAACGUGUGUGGGUUAUUCCUGCAGUUGUCGGCUUGUCCAUGCUGUGCUUGACAGCUCUAGUGGUGCUCCUGUAUUUCAAAUGCUUAAAGAAGAGAAAUACCGUAGCACGCCGCCAUUCCACGGUGAAGUACAACAGAAGGUGCAGCUACGUUGAUAUGGAGGUUGAAAGUGAUGCAGCUUUUGGCAUCAGAAGCAACCCGACUGGAGCACCAAUAGUAUACGACAACUACCCAGGUGAUGACAGCGGAUAUUCGGAGGCAAAACCGAGAGAGCCGAUCCAAGGACCGGUAUAUGAAGAAAUAAAAGACCCAACUAACUGCAGUGAAAAAAGCCAAAGGAACAAUGUUUAUGAAAGCAUGGCAACCAUGAACGAUUACGAGACCCCCCAACGAACGUCAAGAGCAUGCGCAGCUCACGUUUACGAAAGCGCUACACUUCCUCUCAAGAGGUGAAUGUGAACUAUUCGUCGCGAUUUGUGCGUUCAGACUUGUCAGUUGUAUUCACCGCCACAGGAUAAGCAAGUGUCCAAUUUUAAAUGCCUUUUCCAUCGACCAAGUAGCAGCUGUUUCAUGGUCAAAAACUAAACCUCAACGGAUAACACAGACCUACAGUCUUGAUUAUUUACGGUAUCAUGCGAAAACUGAAUUCACUAGUUGAUUUAUCAUACAUUUUAUAAAUUGAAAAUAACAAUAUUAUGAUUCCGAAACUGAAGCAGAGUGUUUUAUACUCUGUCCAGAUGAUCUUGAUGUAAA